AUGGAUUUCGAAUACAGUGUUGAAACGGCUCAGUUACUUGAAUAUGACAAACAAUAUAUGUGGCAUCCCUAUACUUCUCUUAAGGAUCCAUUGCCUGUUCUUCCAGUCAAAGAUGCGAAUGGUUGCGAAAUUGUAUGUGAUACUAAAACCACUACUAGAGUUAUUGAUGCAAUGUCUUCAUGGUGGUGUGUUAUUCAUGGGUAUAAUAAUGAACGUUUAAAUAAUGCUAUUUUACAGCAAGUAAAUCAAUUUUCACAUGUUCUAUUUGGUGGAUUUACACAUAAACCAGCCGUAAAUCUAGUUAAGAAGUUGAUUCAAUUGAUUGAUGAGCCACAAUUGAAAUAUUGCUUCUUAGCGGAUUCUGGUUCCGUAGCAGUGGAGGUAGCUCUGAAAUUUGCUUUUCAAGCUAAUUUAUUAUCUUCAGAACAGAAACAUAAGUUUCUGACAAUUAAGAAGGGCUAUCACGGUGAUACUUUUGGUGCUAUGAGUGUCUGUGAUCCAGUAUCUUCUAUGCAUAAUAUAUAUGGGAAUUAUCUUCCUACAAAUAUUUUUAUUGAUGAACCACCUGUGAUUGAACUUUUACCAUACUCACAACAUUCUUUUGAAAAUAACUGGGAUCCUAAUUGUAUAAAGAAUCUUGAGGAGGCAUUUAAAUUGCAUUAUAAUGAGUUAUGUGCUGUCAUUUUAGAACCUUUGUUACAAGGAGCAGGUGGAAUGCGGUUAUAUCAUCCACAGUACUUGAUUGAAUUGAAAAAAAUGUGUCUGAAAUAUAAUGUUUUAUUGAUAUUUGAUGAGAUAGCCACUGGGUUCGGUAGAACUGGUGAGAUCUUUGCUUUUAAACAUUGUUACACUUAUCAAGACUAUUUGGGCAUUCCUUUGGAGGAUCAAAUUGAGGUUGUUCCUGACAUUUUAUGUGUUGGUAAAGCAUUAACAGGUGGGUAUAUGACUCUAAGUGCUGUAGUCGUAAAUGAUAGGGUUGUUGCAAGAAUCACUGAUCCUUUGAGCCCUACACAUGGUUAUUUUAUGCAUGGUCCGACAUUUAUGGGUAAUGCUUUAGCUUGUAGUGUGGCUAAUGCAUCCUUAGAUAUUUUGCUUGAAGGCACUUGGAAGAAGCAAGUCUUUCAUAUUGAAUAUGUGUUUUACAAUAAAUUGUAUCAAUAUAUCAAAAAUCCUGAAAAUAAAUUGAUGUAUACUAUUGUCAAGCGUGUAUCUAUAGUGGGGGCAGUUGCUGUAGUUGAAUUAUUUCACAACAUUAAUACAUCUAAGUUUCAGAGUUGGAUAGUUAGUAAGGGGGUUCACAUUAGACCUGUCAGAAGCUUAAUAUAUAUUAUGCCACCAUAUAUUAUCAAAGAUAUAGAACUUGAAGUUAUUAUUGAGUGUAUCAUUGAAUUUUUGCAUUUAUUACAAGCUGGGAAUGGUACAUUUUAUGUGAAAGAAUGA